AUGGCAAAUGCGUUCGCCUGUCAAAAUGUACAAAUUCAAGAGACGAUCGGCCAUUGUAAAGUUCAUUCAAGAAUAGAUUUACGAAAGCAACCAAUAACAGAUUCAGAUGCAGAGAUCAUUAUUAAAGAAGCGAUCAUCAAAAAACAAUGUUCUAUGCUGUGGUUAGUGAGUAAUCAUAUAACAUCACAAGGUAUUUCAAAUUUGGCUGCAGCUUUACGCAAUUGUACUGCACUAGAAGGACUAUCUCUUUGUGAUAAUGCUGUUAAUGAUGCUGAUGUAUUUCAUAUAACAAGUGCAUUAUCCGAUCACAAUACGAAACUGAGAAGACUUGCGCUUACCUCAAAUAAUAUCACAGAUGAAGGUGUGCAACAUCUUGCAGAACUACUCAAAGUGAAUUGUUCAUUAACUGAACUGUGGUUAGGCUCCAAUAAAAUUACUGAUCGUGGAGUACAAAUGUUGACUGAUACACUUGUUCAUUAUAACAAAACUCUCUGUGUGCUUUCUCUCUCAUGGAAUAAGCUGGUGACUGAUGCUAGUGUGGAUUUUUUUAUUGAUCUGUUUGAAAAUAAUCAAACACUAAGAACAUUUGUCUAA